UAGGCGGGCAAUCAUGCGUAUUUUGCCCAUCGUAGGUGAGAGAGAUCAGAAAGGACAAAAAAGGGAAAAAGAGAAGAUGGGACGGAGCGUAUCGAAGUCGCCGUCGUACAGCAGAGGUCGAAGCCGGAGAGAUCGAAGCCGCUCGCCUUACUCCACCUCCAGAAGAAAUCGUUCGAGUGCCUCCCCGCGCCGCCGUAGGAGUCGGUCGGCAAGUUACAGGCGACGCAAGAGUCGGUCUCCGACACCCAGACGACUUAAUAGACGACAUAGAAGCAGAAGCAGAAGCAGCUCUUUGUCUCCUCCUUUGCCCAAAUCUCACAGUCCACGCCUGACCUCAAACGAACGCAAAAAUGCUGCUGACAAACUCAAGAAAGAGGAGGAAGAAAAAAUCAGGCGGCAGCAGGAGGCCGAACUCAAACAGUUGGAAGAGGAGACUGCAAGGAGACUUGAGGAAGCGAUUCGGAAAAAUGUGGAGGAGAGGCUGGCUUCAGAUGAAGUUAGGUUAGACAUUGAGAGGCGUAUAGAAGAAGGUCGGGAGAAAUUGUUUGAGGAUGUUAAGGCUCAACUUGAUAAGGAAAAGGAAGCUGCUCUUGUUGAAGCAAGACGGAAAGAAGAACAAGCUCGGAAAGAGAGAGAAGAGCUUGAUAAGAUGCUGGAGGAGAACCGGAGGAGGGUGGAAGAGGCUCAGAGAAGAGAAGCUUUGGAACUUCAGACCAAAGAAGAGGAACGGUAUCGAGAGUUGGAGCUGAUUCAGAGACAAAAAGAAGAGGCUGCGAGGAGAAAAAAACUGGAAGAGGAAGAAGAACAUGCAAAUCUGAUGAAGUUGUCAAGUAAGAGUAAAUCUCGGUCAAAGUCUUUUGGUGGUGGUUUUUAACGGUGGCAUGUGCCGAUCAUUUUGUACUGCUAUCUGCUACCAUCAAAUGCUAUUGACUGCAAGUCUAAUAUUUGACAAAUAUUAGUGAGAUAUCUUGUUUUAUCCUACACAUAGUUGUUUCUCUCUUUGAUUGCCUCUGGAUUUGAAGGUCCUCAAAUUGUGACUUGUUGACAUGUGUUUAUUCGGUUAAGGUACUAGCCUACUAGCUCAAAAAAUGAAAGCUGAAACUGGAAAUGAAAUCGAACAGCCUAAAAUCUCUUUA